GUUCCAAAACGGAAUGUGUCCAUCUACCCCACCCCCCGUAAACACUUGUUUGCUUCGAACUCGUUGGAGAAGACCCCUCCGAGGUGCCCCGAAUCGGUUUCCCGGAGUUAUUUCGAGUGUUUUGGCGUCGGUUGACAGACUUUAACGGUUUCUAGGCGUUUUCGUAGCCUCUUCGUAGUGCCCGGAGUCGAUAUUUGUCUGUAGUUAUUCGGGAGUUCCAGAUACUGAUGUCGAAAGCCCGUCGAUAGUUUCUCUGUCCGGCUUUUGGAGCGAUUUACAAUGCCCAAGUGUUGUUAACAGCUGCGAUGUCAUUACUUCCAACAAUGCUCGCGUGACACCUGUUCUCCUCUAGGAUUACGAUUAUUCAUCAGUCAUUCAUUUAGUUUAUUUAUUUGUUAGUGUCAUUCGGUGGAACAGCUGAUCAUGGCUGAGGAGGUGUUGCUCAGAGUUUUGACACUCAAUUGUUGGGGCAUUCCCUAUGUGUCGAGGCAUCGCCACAAGAGGAUGAAGGCCAUCGCUGAACAGUUGGCCUCUGGAGAUUAUGAUAUCGUUUGCCUGCAGGAGAUCUGGUCUGUCAAUGACUUCACCAUGAUCAAGUACAAGACGCAGGAUAAGUUGCCGCAUUCCCAUUAUUUUUACAGUGGAGUCCUGGGCUCCGGUAUUUGCCUUCUCUCACGUUACCCGAUUCAAGACGUUAUGUUCCACAAGUGGUCACUCAAUGGGUAUGUCCACAAAAUCCACCACGGUGAUUGGUUCGGGGGAAAGGGGGUUGGUUUGUGUCGACUAAAAGUACACGAUGCUAAUAUUAAUGUUUAUGUGGCACAUCUGCAUGCUGAGUACGACACUGAGAACGACGAGUACUCGGCCCACAGAGUCCUCCAGGCGUUCGACAUGGCCCAGUUCAUAAGGAUGACGAGGCAAGGGGCUGAUGCUACUAUUCUCGGUGGUGAUCUCAAUACAGGCCCCCAGGACCUGGCAUAUCAGAUAAUCAGUGGCAUUGCCAGCUUGGUUGAUGCAUGCUCAAGUAUUCAUAGCGAUGUCGGGACCAGUGAGUGUGCCAAUAAUAGUUAUACACCGAAGAAAGCCGCUAAACAGUUGCCACAGGGAAAACGUAUCGAUCAUAUUCUAUAUUUGGGCUCUAAGAACUUCAAGCUUGAGGUUUUGAAGUGCCACCAGCCCUUCCCGUCGCGGAUUCCGAAUGAAAAUGUCAGCUAUUCGGAUCAUGAAGCUGUUGCUGCUGAAUUCAAAUUGAUACCGGGUAAAUAUGAACUGGUAGAGAAGGACAUUCGGAGUUCCCUGAAAGAGGCACUCAGUGUCUGCGACACAUCACUCAAGGAAAUUCGAAAGCAACGAAUAUGGUAUCUCCUGGCGAGUCUACUCUUGGCAGUUCCCCUGAUGUGGUCGAUGGGUCUCGAUCUGUCGAACGGAUCGAUCGGCGUUGACAUUGGCGUCAAUGUUAGCCGACUCCUGGCCACAGCAAUACUCUGUUACGCCCUGUUCAUGAGCUCAAUAUGGAAUUGCGUUGAACGGAAUGCCCUCAAAGCCGGUUAUCUCGCCAUGGAAACGCGUCUCUUGCAGCUGAACAGAAAUACGAAUCUGGAGAAAUCGUCGACCUAGUCCCUGAGAUGUUCAUUCUCUCCAUCAAAUACAUUUACCAUCACAUUUUACAACCAAGGAAAGCAAAGAUUACGUUUACAUUAUUUAGUGUUAUAUUUUCACGUGCUCUUACAAAUUAUUUUUCUUAUACAAAAAUUGCACUUUUACAAAAUCGUACGAAAUUUCAUUAGUUUCUCUCGUUCAUCCUCGAGAGAUGAUUAUUUUCAUUUCUAUUGAAUGAUUUUCAAUGUUGAUUCUAUCGCUUAUUUUCGGACGGUAUUGCCACUGGAGUAUUGGAAAUAAAAAUUUUAUCAGCUCACUUAGACAAUAAAUCGAUUCAAUAGUUGUAUGAAAAAAUAUUUUUUCAAGGAGUCGAUAUGAUUCAAUCACAGCAAGUGUCAUUACUCAGAGCACAUGCUUUGAAAAUUUGUGAUAUGUUGAUAUUUAGGUGAAUAAUAAAGUGCGAAUGGAACAUAAAUUCAAUUUAUCAUUCUAAUAUCGAUAAAAAAAAACGGAGCAUGUUCUCUCAAUUUUUUCAUCGUAAGCAUUUUGAUAAAUUUGUCUGAAUGGCAACACUUCGAGGCCAAAAGAGAUUCAGAUUCGAAAACGCUUUAUCCUGUGGAUAGUGAAAACACUAGGAGUUUUUGAAUGUUAUUUUAUGAAGAGGGUGCGCGUGUGAAUGUUAAUGCAGGAGUGAUUUCAAUGCAGUGUUUAUUCAUAUACCAAUAUAAUAUUGAAACUACGGUAAAUAAAAUAAUAACUUUGGAAAAUUUACCAAAACUUGUCUUUUGUUCCUUGGAAUAGUCCACGUGGACUUGAUUUUUGUUCAAUAAUGGCAUUAGUGUGCGAUACUAUCAGAAUUUAAAUUCAUCAAAAAACUAUUCUAUCAUAAAUAUAAAUUUCUCUUCAAUUAUUUACAUACUUUGAAGAUUUAAAAUUAGGUGACGAUUAUGCCAACAAAAUUUACACACUUUUGUAUACAAAUUUUACUUAAAUAAAUUACCUUAAUCACUUC